CUCUCUCGAGCUCCCUUCAAUUAUCAUAAUCCAUGGCUAUUUCUUUAACAGGUUCUUCUCUCGCCCUUUUAUCUCUUCUUUUUGACCUAUCUACUGCUGAGGAAAUCUUGGUGGGCGGCAAGACUAAUGCAUGGAAGAUCCCAUCCGGAGAAUAUAAUGAUGACAACACAAAGGUAAAGCUUGACUGUAAUGGGCCAUUCUAUUUCGUCAGUGGAUUGAAUGGGCAUUGCAAGAAGGGCCAAAAGCUCAUUGUAGUUUUUCUCUAG